UUCCGAUUGAAACCAUCAAAACAAAUGGGUUUUGCCACUGCAAGAUCUAGAACAGUUCUAAAUUUCAAACCUUUGAUAUUUCAAAAUAUAUACCAACUUUGAAUAUUUUAUCGUAUUGCUACAUAUUUUCGACAAUGAACAAAAUUGCAAAUCAUAAGAAGCACUAGGCUAUGCAUUUUCGUCAAAAUUGAUGCAUUGAUCAUAGAUAUGAUAAAGUGCAUACCGGUAUAUAAAUUGUACUGGAAUUCAGUAGAGCAGAACGUUUCUGGGAAAUAUUCACAAAUCGUAAAACUAGGAAAGUACAGCAGCAGAUUUGACUGUCAAGAUGUCUAGAGGACAUGAACAGUACCACCCUUUGUUGGAUGAUGACGAGGAAUUUAUCAGUUAUGAUGACGGGGAGCUGGAACAAAAGUAUCACAGGGGCAGAAAGAUAAGGAGAAACAAAAGGGUGUGCUGUCUUCUGAUUCUGCUGAUAGCGGUGGUGACAAUUGUUACACUGUUGAUUAUCUUCUUUCUUCGCAAUAGAAAUAAGUCAGAUUUUCCAAAUUCAGACAGUAAACUUGGCAAGUUUAAAAAGGCAGCCAUAGCUUCUGAUAGCCAAUUAUGUACAGAUAUUGGAGUAGAUAUUUUACACAGAGGUUCCACAGUGGAUGCAACAAUUGCUGUUCUGUUGUGCUAUGGUGUGGUGAACCCUGUGAGCAGUGGUAUAGGAGGGGGGUUCUUCAUGACAGUGUAUGAUAGUAAAAAAGGAAAUGCUUCAGUGAUAAAUGCAAGAGAAACUGCACCAAUAAAUUCAACGGAAACAAUGUAUGAAAAGGUCCACAAUUCAUCGAAAUACGGUGGGUUAAGCAUUGCUGUUCCAGGGGAAAUCAAAGGUUAUAUGGAAGCUUGGAAAAGAUGGGGGAAAUUACCCUGGAGAGAAUUAUUCAACAGAAGCAUUGAAUUGGCUAAGAAUGGAUUCUGUAUUAAUGAACAUCUUGCAGAAAAAAUGAGUGCAGCAGAACAUGUGCUCAGACUGGAUAAUGACACAUGGAAAUACUACUCAAAUAGCAAGACUGGAAAAAUGUUGCAAAAGGGAGAUCUGAUUAAGUUUCCAGAAUUGGCAGAGACCUAUAGAAAACUUGCUGAAAAAGGCGGGGAAACUUUCUAUAAUGUUACUGAGGGAAACCUUGGCUAUGAGAUUUUACAAGAUCUGAAAGAAAAAAAUUCAAUAAUACAAGCUGAGGACCUGACACAGUACAGAGCUGAGCUGGAGGAGGCGCUAAGAGUCACGCUGAACGACAGGAGCUCACUGUACAGUCCCAAACCCCCGUCCAGUGGCGCCAUUCUGUCCUUUAUACUGAAGAUACUGGACGGUUUCAACAUGACAGAAAAUAGUCUUAAAACUAGGGAAGCACGUCUCACAGCUUAUCACAGAAUCAUUGAGGCUUUCAAGUUUGCCUAUGCUCAAAGAUCAGAACUUGGGGAUCCAGAAUUUGUAACCAAUGUUACACAGGUCACAAAGAUCUUAACAUCUGCAGACUUUGCUGAUAAGAUCAGAAAAAUGAUCUGGGAUAAUGCUACCCAUACAACUCCAUAUUAUGGGCCUGUGUUCAAUCACAAGUUGAAAACCAGCACUGCCCACCUCUCCCUGUUAGGGGAUGAUGGGAUAGCUGUGGCAGUGACGUCCACUGUCAAUUUAUUGUUUGGCUCAGGAGUCACUGGAAAAAGGACUGGGAUUUUGUUUAAUGAUGAGAUGGAUGACUUUUCCUCCCCCAAUAUAACCAACGCAUUUGGCAUCCCUCCCUCUCCAGCCAACUUCAUCAAGCCCGGAAAGCGACCAAUGUCUUCCAUGUGCCCUGCUGUUCUGGCCGACAAGACGAAGAGAGUGAAGCUGGUGGUGGGAGCAGCAGGUGGUUCCAGGAUUACGUCAGCCACCGCCUAUAUUGCGGCCCAUGUUUUGUGGUUUGGAUACAAUAUAAAGGAGGCCAUUGAUGCUCGGAGACUACACCAUCAGCUUAUUCCACAGGAAGCUUACUAUGAACCAGACUUUCCUCAGUAUUUCAUUGAUGGUUUGAGAGAUAAGGGACACAACAUGACAUUUAAUGAGUUGGGGGAGUCUAUUGCCAAUGGGAUAGUACAAGACAAGGACUGGAUAUAUGCUAACAAUGACUUUAGAAGACCAGGGGGCAGUUCUGGAGGAUGGUAGACUCAAGCUAAAAGGCAGAAACCUUGAAAUCAAUUUUAAAAAAAUGCAAAACCAUCUUAUAUUAUUGAAUAUUCAUUAUAUUUUUGGAUAUUUUUAACACUGUUUUUUAUUUGACAUUUUUGUAAGGCUUUUAAAAAAAAAUCUUUAAUCCUGAAAUCCUUUGGUUUUGUAAUACAUAUGAAGUACACAUGUAUUAAAUGUUCCUUCAAACUAUUGUAGAUUUUGAUUCCCCUCUAGUUAACUUAGCACUGGGGAAAAUUUAGUUGAUAGAUAGUUUUCUGACUUUAGAGUUUAAGUUCUGUAUAUUAAAAAAUAUGCAAUUUUAUUAUGCAAUCACAAAAUUUCUGUUAGUUUUAAACUUAUUUCCAUUAUUUGGUAUUGUAUUCAGCAGAAUAUAUGUUGAUUCCAAACAAAAUUGAAGACAUUUUUCUGCCAAAGUCACUUUACUUUCCUCAAGUAUUCUCUUUCACAAGCUCACAAGCUCAAUAAUAAAAUGUUGUUGUUGCUCAUAAAGCAACUGAAUCUCUGAGAUUGAUGAGGAUAUUUAGAAGAAUUUCUGAUGCAAAUAAACUGAGAUAAAAGAA